GUAUUCUUCCUUCUGGUGUUUUUGAUUUUUUUGGUAAAAUCCUCCUGGUUUUACUCUUUUGUAAGGAUUAGAGAACAACCCAUCACUCCAUCAGUCAUCAUUAUCUCCGUGCAAAAUCCUAUUUUUGGUUUCCUUGAUGCUUGACACCGAAGCUUGAUUUAAUUAUUACAGACCACUCAUGUCAAAGAGGAAUUAGAAAAAAUGAAACUACAGAUAAAGAGAAAGAUUCGGUGUCUGACAUUAUUAACAAUACCCAUUCUGUGUUUAAUGGUUUUCCGUAUUUUUUAGAUCGUAAAAUCCUUUCUGCUGGUUAUUUAAAGACCCUAUAUUCUCAUUUGAAGAGGCUCUAUAUUCUCAUUUCAAGAUUUCAUAUUUGGGCGUAGGAGAGAUUGAAGUCGACGUUUCAAAAAAUUUCUUUCUAAAGAUUCUUCUUUUUGGGACCGCACUGCUAAAUCUUUUUCAAGACAGCACAGGAAACAAGAUUGUGAAGAAGAGUCAUCACCGGCCACAGUUGCGUAUUGCUGCCAUCCUGCAACAAACCUAAUUCAGGAUAUCAGAGAGUAUUUGUGUUUUGAGUUCUAAAACCCUGGUUUUGAAUCUGAACGUUUACAUUGCCAUUUUGAGGGAAAACUAAUUUAUUGCUGUUAUGGAAGCUUAAUUAUUAUUUUUAUUGUUAGUGUUCUGUUUUCUUUGAUGAGGGAGGGGAGUUGAAUUAUGGUAUCCAUCGUUUUUUUAACUUUACUUCCAUUUAUAACAUUGUAAAUUUUUGGUAAGUAUGACUGAUUUUAGAGUUACAAGAGUAGAACAGGGUCAGACCAAGAUCAGAAGUGUGCCCAUUGCUGUAACACCAGAAGGGUUUUGGUGCUGUCCCUCUCCAGUUGUGUUUCAGAAGAACCUCAAAGCUCAAAAUCCUCGGACCAAACCCAAACCCAAAUCCACCCCUCCUCCACGCAUAGACCCUGUUCAGAAGAAGCAAGCAUCCCUGACUGAGAGAAACCUGGCUUCCAACUCAUCAAGAAUGAAAUUUGUUUCUGAUGAUCUAGGAUCUUUAGUACCUGAUAAUUCUGGUCUUAAUCCAUCUGUGGUUACUGAGAAACCAUCGAAACCCAAAGUUGAGAAUUUGCAGCGGAAGCUGGCAAUUGAGUUUGGAGAACCUGGAACCAGUGAUUUGAAGGUGGUUUUAUUUGGAAAACCGGCGUUUUCUGUGAAGAUGAGUGUUCAUAAGUAUGUUUUGGUUGAAAAUAGCAGUUUCUUUGCUGAAAAGCUCUCUGAAAAACAGUCUCCUUUGUGCCGUCUUGAAAUUGAUGAUUGUGAAGAUGUGGAGAGUUAUGUGGAAGUCGUGGGAUUGAUGUAUUGCAAAGAAAUGAAGGAAAGGUUGAUCAAACAAAGUGUUUCACGGGUGCUCCGUAUUCUCAAGGUUGCUGAAUUGCUUGGGUUCAUCUCAUGCAUGCAGUCAUGUUUGGAACACCUAGAAGCAGUCCCUUGGGUUGGGGAAGAAGAAGAGAAGGUGGUCUCAUCAGUCCUACGUCUCCAGGGUGAGAGUAUAGGAGUCACACCAGUGUUAAAACGGGUAACUUCUGAUGUCUCCAACUCUCCCACUGGCACACUUCUCCUUAUAAUGGAACUAGUCAUCAAGAGCAAUGAGGAGAGAGGCCGUCGAGAGAUGAAAUCUUUGGUACUUGGGCUCCUGAGGGAGAAUAACAAACUUUCUGCCAAUGGCAGCUCACAUGACAUCUGCAAUGAAAAUGCAUACAACUUAUGCAGAAGCUGUUUGGAUGCACUGUUGCUUUUGUUCAGGCAAGCUGCAGAACCAGGAUUUAGUGAUAAAUCUAUGGACAGCAAAGGACCCGUGGCAAAGCAUAUAGCUCUAGAAGCUGAUAACAUCCUAUGGUUGCUUGAGAUUCUAUCUGAGAGGCGAGCAGCAGAUGAGUUUGUGCUGAUGUGGGCGAACCAGCAAGAGUUGGCAACACUUCACUCAAGGCUGCCAACAGUGUCUCGCCAUCUUGUUAGCUGCACAACCGCAAGGUUAUUCAUUGGAAUAGGAAGAGGGGAGAUACUUCCAUCAAAGGAUACACGGCUACUACUAUUACAAACAUGGUUACAGCCAUUGAUUGACGACUACAGCUGGUUGCAGCAUGGUUGCAGAUCAUUUGAUCGAAAGGUGGUUGAAGAAGGAAUUGGUCGGACUAUACUGACACUGCCACUGGAAGAUCAGCAGAGCAUUUUACUGGCAUGGUUGGGUAAUUUCUUGAAAGUGGGUGACAAUUGCCCAAGUCUCCAUAGAGCCUUUGAGAUCUGGUGGAGGAGGACUUUUAUUAGGCCUUAUGUGGAACUGCAGGGAAAUUAACUCUAGUCAGAAAGCUCCAUGACUUCUAUGUAGCACAGCCGAUAAGCACUAAUGUUUUAUCAACCAUAUAUAUAUAUAUAUAUAUAUAUGAAGUCCCUGUUAAUGUAUGAAGAGUGCAAUUGUGGAAGAAGAAAGUAGAAAAUAGUAAUAGGGAUAGAGAUACAGAGGAAAUGCAGGCCCUACUCUCCUAUUAAGUAAACGUUGCAGAUCUUUCUGGAGGUAAACCAAAAAGUAAUUCAACUUUUUUCCUAUUGUGGAAUCUAUGACAAGAAUGGAGUAUGGGGUUGCUUGUUUCAUGUGCACUGGCUCUCUGUUGAAGCAGAGUAAGAUAUAUGGUCUCGAUGCUGUUAUUUAAAUGUCUAAAACUUUCACUAAUAUGUGUUUCAAGGAGAAUGACAUUCAUUAUUGCAUUGCA